AUGAUGGACGUAUUGUGCGCUGCCAUGGCGGGCAUGAUGGCCCGUCUCGUUUGCCACCCGCUCGAUACAACUAAAACGGUUGCUUUCACGGGUUUCUGCGGCGAGCACCGUGUGACGAAUGCACGACCGCGCGCAGCCUCGUCGUCUGCAUUUUUUAGCUCCAUCUGUUCGAUUUGGCAGCGGGAAGGUGUGGCGGGCUUCUACCGGGGUAUUGGCGUGGCAACACUCGGAUCCGCCCCCGGCGUAGCUCUUUACCUCACCACAUACACGUGGGCGAGCGACUUCCUGCAGCACCAGUGCCAGAAGCGUGAGGCCCAGUUCGUGGAUACCGGGAGUGCCGUGCCGUCGUGGUCUAUCUACCUGCUGUGCGGCCUUUUCGCAGAGACGGUUAGCUGCGCCUUUUGGGUGCCCAUCGACGUGACGAAGGAGCGCUUGCAGUCACAGCCCCCGUCGCAGCCGGGGAGAUACACAGGCAGCUGGGAUGCGCUCCGUACUGUAACAAGGUACGAAGGCCUGCGAGGUCUGUACAAAGGCUAUGGGUCUACAUUGGCCUCAUUUGGUCCUUAUUCGGCAGUAUACUUUGCGUUUUAUGAGUUUCUUAAUGAUAUUUUUUCCAACCGUCUCUCAUUUGGAGCGUUCACAGCCGCGCUGUAUGCUGGCGGUUUGGCUAACAUCGCUGCCUCAAUCGUGACAAAUCCACUGGAGUACGUCAAGACACGUCUGCAAGUACAGAGGGUAGUGCUGUUGAUUGAUGGAAAGCCUACAACUGUGGAGGGGUUCAACUACCGCUACACUGGGCUUGUCGACGGCUUGUGCGCUGUGGUAAGAGAGGAAGGACCCCGAGCACUUUGGCGGGGUGUGGGUAGCAGAACUGCGUAUGCAGCUCCCAACGCGGCUCUCACGAUGGCAUUCUAUAAGUAUCUCCAGCUGAGGUGUGCUCAGGACGCGGCAACAAACAGCCCGCAGUCACGCCAAGACUAG